GCAACGAGGGAGAGGAGCGAUUACACUCUUCGAAUGCCAAGAGAUUAACGGCCUCUUCUGCAUUUGUUCAGAAUUUUUACUCGUAUUCGUGAUCCACCUAUACUCAACUUUUACCUUCACACUUUUAUAUUUUAUGCAAUUUUCCUGGCAAUGUCUCUUUCGCUAUGUCCGAAUAUACAUUAGGGGCCCCCUCCUUCCUUUAGAGCCAGUAACCUUUUAGACUUUGGGCCAGAGUCCACGAAAAUGACACCACCAGGGUGGGUGUCGGGUCAGUCUCUUGGUGAACAACGCUCUCAGAGGAACAGUGGGGAACAAGGCAGACUCAUCUUUGUCCUGGAGGCUCAGCUCUCUCCAGCUCACCGGCCAGGCGGGCACCUGACGACGCCCCGCCUGAACCCACCUGGCUGGACCUCGGACCCCGCGCUGCAGGCAUCUGGCACCGGGGCAGCAGGUGUGCCCAGAGCAUUUCUGAGGUGCUGGACUGGGUGGCGAGCAGGACCGAGAGUGCUGCCCUCAGGGAACUCGUGUUCCCCAAACGGGCAGCCCAACCGAACAUGCAAAACAGUAAGGUGAUUGCAGCUUUUACAGCCACCGUGAUGCAGACGAAAUGAGGCAGAGUGGGAGAGUGGAGGGGGCUGCUGGCUACGGGUGUCUGGAGGAGGCGGCCACGGUGACAUCCCGGGAGCAGUGUUCUAGGAAGAAGGGACAGAGAGCGCGAAGACCCCCAGGUGGGCAGGGAAUUGGCACAAUGGCGGGAUGGAAGGCCAGGAUGGUUGUGGCGUCACACAUGCGGGGGAGGUGGGAGGUGGGAGGAAAGGUGACCAGGCACAGAUCGGGAAGGGUCUGUCAGACGGAUGACAAAACGGCAUUCGAAUGCAUCACGGUUGCCGCAGCAGCCACUUCAGGGUGGUCUCUCUUUGGGGCAGAGGACCACAUUCCGAUAAACGGCUUAGGAAGAUGACCUGGCUCUGCUAGUUCUUGUCCUCUAGAGGUUGCAGGCUCGCACUGGGGUGGCAGGAAGAAACGAUAGGGCAUUAGGGUCCAUACUAUGUCACGGGGCAAUGGGUCCGAUACAGAAAAACGAACCAGGGAAAAGAGGCAGGAGGCUCAGGGUGGGAAGCUGGUGAUUUUAAUAGAAUGGCCCGGAGCGGGCUCUCUGGGAAGGUGGCCCUGGAGUGGAGUCCUGAAGGAGGCGAGGGAAAAGGCCCCGGCAGCAGGAACAGCAAGUGCAGAGGCGCUGGGGCAGGGGCGUCACGCAGCGCUGGCGGAGCAGGUGGACGCAAAUGGGGCCAGCGAGUAUGAGACGGGCAGCGGCUCGUGCCCAGGACAUGGUGAGGGCUUGGCGGCCUCCAAACCCAAGGGAAUGACAUGACCGGACUCCUUGAACAGGCCCACUCUGCCUACUGUGUUGAAAACUGGCUUUGGGAGGCGUCAGAGGAAGCAGCCAGGAGAUCAUUGCAGGUGUCCAGGUGGGUGAUGAUCGGGGCACAGCCACGCAGGUGUCGAGUGGUGAUCUGAUUCUGGAUAUAUAUUCACGUGGAAGAACCUAGAAUGUCACCUAAAUAUAAAUAAUAAUCGUUGAACGUCGACUACAGGUGCAUCCAUUGGAAUUGUUUAGAUGCUUCUCAUAAUCGCCCGUGAGAACCGAGGAAGGACUCCGGAUUUUGUCUUAAUCGUCUUUGAGGAUUUGUGAUGGGCCAGGCUGAUUGGGCACAAAAGAGGGAAGAUCUGAGGUUUUCUGUCACCCUCUCAGUCACCGCCAUCUAUGGGCUGACCAGAUGCAUGGGCAGCUUCCAAAAGAUUCCCCUGACUCACAAGGCAAAGGAAACGGCACAUGGUGGCCUUGCUGUGGGAAUGCACCGGAGCUCGCGUGACGUGUGGAUGCCCGCAUAAGACAUCGCUUCCGUGCGCAGGGCAGGGCAGGGCAGGGCCAGGCCGGGCCUGACAGACACUCCUGCCAAACCUGCUGGUCCACUGCCUUUCUGCAGAGCCUGUGGCCCUGCCAGUCGGGGCUUCUAGAGGGCGAGGAAGGCCAGCGCAGAGCCUCCGCCGAGGAGAGCAGUCUUGGCCGCCUGAAACUCUGAGUUUGGGAGCAAGUCACAUGGCUUGAAGUGGCCGUCAGACCACCAGGGCACUGGUUUGGCAAGCUCUGCCUGCCCAGCCCUGCCCUGUUCUGCUCAGCAGCCUGCAGAGAACGGAGCUCGGUCGCCAGGCCCCAUCCCGCCGCGGGGAGUUCCCCGCAGACCGAGGCGAGGGGAGCGUCUCUCGGCUUCUCAGGCGCCGGCAGCCAUGGCGGAGCUGCGCCGCACGGACUCCACGCUGACCAGCCUGGACGAGGACGCGCUGUGGGAGAUGAUGGAGAGCCACCGUCACAGGAUCGUGCGCAGCGUCUUCCCCAGCCGCCUCACGCCCUACCUGCGCCAGGCGAGGGUGCUGGGCCAGCUGGACGAGGAGGAGGUACUGCACAGCCCACAGCUCACCAACACCGCCAUGCGAGUCGGGCACUUGCUGGACUUGCUGAGGACACGAGGGAAGAACGGGGCCGUCGCCUUCCUGGAGAGCUUGAAGUUCCACAAUCCCGACAUCUACACCCUGGUCACUGGGCUGCAGCCCGACGUGGACUUCGGCACCUUCAGCGGGCUCAUGGAGACGUCCAAGCUGACGCAGUGCCUGGCCGGGGCCAUCGGCAGCCUGCAGGAGGAGCUGCGCCAGGAGCAGGGGCAGAAGGAGGCGCUCCUGCAGCAGUGCCGGCGGCUGCAGGAGCGCCUGGGCCAGGCUGAGGCCCGCGCCGAGGGCCUGCGCCAGCUGGAGGCCGACCACAGCCGCAUGAAGCGCGAGGUCAGCGCCCACUUCCACGAGGUGCUGAAGCUGAAGGACGAGAUGCUCAGCCUGUCCCUGCGCUACAGCAGCACGCUGCAGGAGAAGGAGCUGGCGGUCACGCGCUGCCACGGCCUGCAGGAGGAGCUGUAUCUGAUGAAGCAAGAGCUGCAGCGAGAGAGGCUGUCUGCUUCCUGCGAGCGGGAAUUUCGAGAGCGGUCCCUGAAGAUGGCCAGUGGCCUGGAGCCGGGAGCCGAGGAGCUGAGCCGCCUCAAGGAGGAGAAUGAGAAACUCCGGUCACUGACUUUCAGCAUGGCGGAGAAGGACAUCCUGGAGCAGAGCCUGGACGAGGCCCUGGACAGCAAGCAGGAGCUGGUGGACCGCAUCCACUCGCUGAGGGCGCGGGCCGUGGCCGCCGAGAGGCAGCAAAAGCAGUACUGGGAAGAGAAGGAGCAGACGUUGCUCCAGUUCCAGAAAACUAAGGUGGAGUGCGAGAUCUACAGGGAGAAGGUGAACGCCCUGCAGAGCCAAGUGGCCGAGCUGCGGAAGGAGCGGGACCAGGCGUACUCGGCGAGAGAUGCAGCCCAGGCGGAGAUUUCCCAGAGCCUGACGGACAAGGACGCCCUCCGCAGGAAAGUGUUCGAGCUGACGGACCAAGUCUGCGACCUGCGCCAACAGCUCCGCACGCUGCAGGCCGAGUCACUGCAAGAGCCCAAGCAGGAAGCGGGGGCCAGGGGCCCCUGUCGGAGGGGGAAGCAGCGGCUCGUACGCAUGUUUGCCAUCUGCCCACGGGAUGACGGUGACUGCAGCUGUCCCAGCUCCUCCGAGUCUCAGCUCUGGUCCGACCUGAGCACCACGUCUAGCCGCGAGCUGGCGGACAGCUUCCGCUCCAGCAGCCCUGUGCCUCCCAGCCAGCAGUCCCUGUACAAGCGGGCCACAGAGGACUUCUGGGAAGACCCCUGCUCUUCCAGCGGCUUCCCAGAAAUCCCGGAGGUAGAUGGGGGCGCCUCCCCGGGAGGCGAGGCGGGCGACGCAGACCUAGAUUACGAGAUCGUAGACAGAGCAGAGCUUCAUGAGUCCUCGAACAGCUUGCGGCCAGUCUCCGGCGGCCUCUGCCUCUCAGCCAGCACUGCCCCGGUGCGGCGGAGGCCGGCCCGGAAGAUCCUGAGCCAGGUCACGGUGCUGGCCUUCCAGGGGGAUGCGUUGCUGGAGCAGAUAACUGUCAUCGGCGGGAACCUCACGGGCAUCUUCAUCCACCGGGUCACCCCUGGCUCGGCGGCAGACGAGAUGGCCUUACGUCCGGGCACCCAGAUCCUGAGGGUGGAUUACGAGGCAACAGCGCCCUCCUUCAAGGCUGUGCUGGAGGGCGCGACCCUGGAGCAGGCUGUGGGACUUCUCAGGAGGGUGAACGGCUUCUGCUGCCUGUCCGUGAAGGUCAACGUGGAGGGUUAUAAGAAGCUGGUCCAGGACCUGGAGGCCAAAGUGGCUACCUCGGGGGACUCUUUCUACAUCCGGGUCAACCUGGCCAUGGAGGGGCGGGCGGAGGGGGAGCUGCAGGUGCACUGCAGUGACAUCCUGCAUGUCACCGACACCCUGUGCCAGGGCCAAGGCUGCUGGCAUGCCCACCGCGUCGGCCCGUACAGCACGAAGGACGUGGAGCACGGCACUGUCCCCAACUACUCACAGUGAGCGCUGUCCCGGGUCACCGCGCCUCCCGGAGCGGGUGGGACCUGCCGGGGUGACCUCCCCUGGCCCUGCUCAGCACGGAGGACCCCUCCUGGGGCCCCAAACACGUGCAAUCCCCAGUACGCCACCCACCAAUUGCAUCGCUCAGGCGAGUUUGUUUGCGGAAAGAUGGGGACCUCAGUUCUAGAUCGUUCAGGAGCACUUGGGACCAGAGUUCCCCGACCUCAGCGCCCUUGGCAUUUGGGGCUGGCCCCCUUUGUCGGGAGCUGUCCUGAGCACAGUGGGGCAGCAUCCCUGUCCCCCCGCCCCCGGCUGCGACAGCCCAGAGUGUCUCCAGACAGGGCAGCGUCCUCCGGAGGCAGGGUGACCAGUCACACCGGAGCUUGGCGCCAGCUUGGGGAGCCCUCAGUCCUGGGACGGGGACAGUGUUCCCGCCCCUGCUGAGAACUGUGGCCUGGAUCAGCCGUGGCGUCUUGCCCGGCGCCUCUUGGGCUUCGCCAAAUCCGCGUCCCCUGGAGCUCAGCUCAGCAGGGGCAGGCCCACACCCUGUCACCUCAGAAGUCCAGCUGAGGCUCCGCGGGUGUUUAAAUGCCCCGGGAACUGCAGUGGUGCAGGGUGGGAGCCGCUGUGGGCAGGGCAGGUGUUUAGGGCGCCGGAGGGGCCACCCCUCCUUCAGCCUUUGCAGCGG